UAAGAGAGAUAGAGAGAGACAGCCGGAGAAGAUGAAGGAGGAAACGGCCAUGGAAGAGCCAGAGAGGAAGAUCCCGAGGAAGAUAGCGAGCCUGGAUGAUGAUGAGCUCUGGGCAGGAUUUAAAUGGGAGGAAACAGAUAAGAUCUUGAGUGGUGAAAUCAAACCCAAAACCUUGAUCACUACCUACCAUAUGUCCCCAUCUUCUACACGAUAUCCUGAGAGGGGACCAUUUCUUGCGAGAGAGAUGGAAGCGGUGUUCCCCAAUUCUAAAUACAUGACCAGAGAGCCCAACGAAAUGCUUGAUUCUAUCAUAGCAUUAGCGAGAAAGAAUGAUUGUACAUCUCUCAUCCUCGCUCGUUCAAAUUCUCCCAGAGAGGAUAUAAUCUAUAUCCUAAACUUGCUGAAUAAUGCCACCGCUGUGUUUAGGGUUAUUGAUCUCGUCCCACGGGAGGAUAUUCCGAAUCGGUCUGAUCCCAUUAGUGCCCUCUACCCGAGUAUUCAGAUGAGAGGUUUUGAGUCUCCUGCCAGUGUUGGCACUGCCAAAAUGAUACAAGCUCUCUUCCCCUGUGUCCCUCCUGUCCGUGGUCGAAGGAGUAUUGCAUGGUUCGAGAAGCAAAAAAACUAUAUCUUUUUCCGACAUUCUGGUUACUUCAAAAAGGAAACCGUUGAAGGACAACCUCCUCCUAGUGUUCCCAUGCUGAUAAAGGGAAUGUGGACCUCGUUUUGCGCUCCAGUUCACUGGUUUACAUUUAUUUGAUGCUCACAACCUAGACUUCUAUCCGGUUUGCUUGCCGGAUAUAACUUGGACGACUCGAUUAAAACCACUUCCUCUGCGCUGAACACCCUUUUUUUUUUCUUUCGUCUCUAUAUGUUAAUUCGCCUGCCUUAAACUAUCCCUGGACUUUUAUCGUGACACUUUAAUUUAUGUUUGCAACAACACAAGUAGACUACAACAGUGUUUUGCGGCUUGUGUAUGGAUUAAUUUCCUUGUUUUUUUAAGUCCCCACUCGACCUUAAAAUAAAUUAGCUUUUGUGCA